AUGGCGGAACAGGAUGACACCACCUCGAAGCUGGCCGAGCUGCUCAAGAAUCCCGACGAUCUCGACAAGUUGCCUUCACUCAGAUCAGAGUUCACUCGCAAGAAGGCCGCGAUUGAUGGUCAGCUUAAGCAUGGCCUCAAGGAACAGCUCGAGAUCACCCAAAACGGGAUGACGUCGAUCAACGAAGGCACCAAGAUUGUUGGUCUCAUUAAAGAGGAGAUGAUGAAGAUUGAUCGGUUAUGCGCCGAGGCACAGGGCAUGAUCGAGGACUUCCCGGAAAUCAACAAGAUGAGCAUCAUGCAGAGGAAUUUUGCGGCUGUCGAGAACGUGAAAGCGGCUAUAGAUACAUUUGGGCAGCGGUUGAGCGACUUGGAAACCCUCCUCCGUGAGGAUGAUGAAGAUCUUGAAAAUCAGACUAAUCUGCUUGCUAUACACGCUGGUCUCACAGAGCUUCGCGAUGUCCGUGAUCAGGCCAUGGAGCAAGUCAAGAACUCUACGGAUGAAAGCGGCCUGGAGUUGAUCGAGAAUCUGCCGUUGGAGGGAGGUGUCACACUGAACGAUCACUUUACGCGAUUGGACGAGGUGGUCGAUUGGUUUGAUGAGCAUGUUGGGACGGCGUGUAUCAACAUCAUACCACUGGUGCAAGCGGGAAACAACGGCCUUGUCGUACGUCUGGGACUGGUUAUUGAGGAAGAAGAGAAGAAAGACCGCCAGAUUGAAGCUUUGCAGAAUGCACGAGAAGAAUUCCAAGAAGUCGCAGCUCGGUUCAAGAGUAUCAAUGUCGGUCAACGAGAGCUUCGCGGGUACAAGGACAAGUUCCUGCAGGCAGUACGCGGCUCGGCGACGGCUCAAUUUGACCAGGUGAAGGAUGCAUUCAACGAGGAUCCGGAGAAGCUCGAAAAGGCUUGCAGAUGGUUCUUCAAUGACCUCAAUACUGUCAAGCUGGGAAUGCAAGAACUGAUGCCCAACAGGUGGAAGAUCUUCAAGACAUACGUUGACAUCUACCACAAGCUUAUGCAUGACUUUCUAGUGGAGAAGCUUGAUGACAAAGACAUCACGCCUGUCCACAUGCUGGCGAUUCUCAAUUGGGUGGAGAAGUACUACAACAAGAUGGCACGCCUAGGAGUCAAGCCGGAUGAGCUCAAGCCACAUGCUAUCGACGAGAGGGAGAGCGAUUUGAUUCGUGAGUACCGAAGUUUGAUCACACGAGCAGUCGAGGAAUGGAUGGACAGAAUGGCUGCGUCAGAUCGCAAGACUUUCCUCUCUAGGGCGGAGGGCAGUCUUGACCAAGACGCGAACGAGCAACUUCACACCAAGAGUCUCAGCGACAUGUGGACGAUGCUUAGGGAGCAGCUAUCUGUCGCUCAGUCCUCAGGUCGUCCAGAUGUAGUCGAAGGCGUGAUCGAUGCCAUGAUUCGCGCCCUGAAGGGUCGUCAGCAAAUGUGGGAGCGUCUUAUGGACGACGAAUUCCGCAAGAUCGAAAAUGCAGCCGACAGUAGCCAGCUGGAGGGCGUUGGAAGCUUGCAAGAAUGGCUGGUCGCCAUUGCCAACGACCAAAUCACCAUCAUCGAUGACAAUCCGGAGCAAGGAGCCAUGUCGUUCUUGACCAGAUUCAAGGCUGACUACGAGCCCAUGGUCAGCCCAUCGUACGCAGUCACCUCGAACGCGGAGACUGAAGCACUUACCAAUGGCUAUGUGGAUUUGGCAACACAUUGCAUGUCACUGUUUGCGUCGGUCAUAUUUGCCACCGACAUCAAGCCAGUUCUCGCUGAAUUCUUUACACCGUCAUGGUAUCAGAAGACGACAAUGGCUUCUAUCACAACAACCUUUGAGGACUACCUGAAAGAUUUUAGCGGGAUCCUGCAUCCGUCGCUUCGCGAGAUCUUUAUUGAGGAAUUGUCCGAUGCACUCCUGGUCCGCUAUCUUGAAUGUGUAAAGAACCGCGGCGUCAAGUUCCGGCGCAGUGAUCCUUUCACUGAUAAAAUCAAGGAGGAUGUUGUCACCGUCUUUGGCUUUUUCAACCAGUAUGGCGAAGUCUUUGAGUUGAUCAAAGACAAAUGGAGAGUCGUCAAUUCGAUGGAGGGAUUGCUCUCGGCACCAAAGGGUGCGGCCGUAAACGAAGCUUACUCGAGAUUCAAGCAACAAUAUUGGGACGUUCAGAUUGGCUGGGUGGAAGCGGUCCUGAGGUCGAGAGACGACUUUGACCGGAGCAUGCUCACGUCUGUUAAGAGCACCGCUGCUGCGAUCAAUGUGGAGAGAGGACCAGAGACGGUGAUGAGCAAGGUCAAGUGA